GGGAGCAUUAUCUUGCGAUGAUCUUAAAUCUGAAUACAUUAGAAGUUUUAGGUGCCGAUAUUGAUGGAAAAUCCCAAGUGCAUAUGAUACUCCAGUCACUACCGGAAUCAUUCAAGGAAUUUGGACUCAAUUAUAAUAUGAAUAAAAAGAUUUAUUCAUUGUCUAAAUUAAUGAAUGGGUUGGGAGCGGUGGAACGCAUUCUUGGUACAUCUAGUGUUGAUGCUAAUAUGGCUAAAGCUUCUUCUUCUCAAUCUAAGUCAAAAGGCAAUGGUAAAAAGAAGAAGAAGAAGGACUUCACCAAGCAAGAUGGUAAGCAAAUUGCCUUAGGGGUUGCCGACAAAGGAAAGAAGAUCAGAGGAAAGUGUUUACAUUUUGGUGAGAAAGGACAUUGGAAGAAGAAUUGUCCAAAAUUCAGGGCUGCCAAUAAUAAGGGGGUUCCAGGAGACCAGAAAGCUUAAUAAAGGGGAAUUGUUUCUUAUUUUGGCUGAUGGGAGCAGGAUUCCAAUUGUAGUUGUUGGAGUGUUUAAUUUAUGUUUUGAGUCUAGGGUUUUAAUAUUG